CAGUUCAGCGGUGGGAGGCUGCCAGCGCUUGAAAGGAUCAUUCGCCUCCAAUGCACCAAAGCAAACAAACACUCUUGCCCUCGGAAGUUGCAUAUUUCCAUAAACUGCUCUAUGGAUAAAAAGCGUCCUUGAGUGCAGUCGGUGUUGUUUGCGAUUAAGCUCGAUAUGUCUGAAAAUCAGCCUCUUUGCGCUCUAGUUUUCUUAACUUCACUCUUCUGUUCGGCAUGCUCACAUGGGACACGAUUCGUUCAUUCAGCUGCACUAGAUGCGGAUGGGAGAUACAACAUUAAGUGGGGAUUUGACGAGUCCACGAUAACUUUUGAAGUAGAAGUGGAAACGAAAGGAUAUAUAGGAUUCGGUUUGUCGCCGACCGGUGCGAUGUCCUCGUCUGAUAUUGUGAUAGGUGGUGUGCUCAACGGAAGUCCAUAUCUGCUGGACUACUAUACAGACUCAAACAGAAAGGUCCAUAAAGAUGUGCUGCAGAGCUACCAGCUGCUGUACGGCAGAGAGAAUAACACACAUACUGUUCUGGCUUUCAGCAGAAACCUCCAGACCUGUGAUGACAAUGACAAAGUCAUUACGGGCAGUACAGUGAGAGUGAUCUGGGCGUUCCACGCGGAGGACGUGGGAAUGUCAGGACCAGUCUACCACGGGACGAACAGAGGCAGAAAGAGUCUGCGAUUACUCAACCCUGGAACCAGCUCCAGCAUCCCAGCAGGAACAGCUUUCUUUGACCUUCAAAACAAGGAGGUUCCUGUACCGCACAAGGAUACAACAUACUGGUGUCAGAUCUUUAAAUUUCCAGAGCUGAAGAAAAAACAUCAUAUAAUCAGAAUAGAGCCAAAGAUUCAGAAGGGUCAUGAGAACCUGGUUCAUCACAUUCUGCUCUACCAGUGCGACAGCAAUCUGAACAAGAGUGAGAUCGACAGAGGACAUGAAUGCUACCAUCCAAAUAUGCCAGACUCCUUCUUCACCUGUGAAACCGUCCUGUUUGCGUGGGCUAUUGGGGGAGAGGUGGGCUUCACCUACCCUCCUCAUGUUGGAAUGUCUAUGGGAACCUCAAUAGACCCAGUCUAUGUACAAAUGGAGAUUCACUUUGAUAACCCAUCUUUACAAAGAGGGAUAGUGGACAGUUCAGGCCUGCGUCUGUACUACAGCCCCAGCCUGAGGCGCUAUGAUGCUGGGGUCAUCGAGACAGGAGUGUGGGUCAGUCUCUACCACAUGCUGCCCCCAGGCAUGCAGGAUUAUAUUACAGAAGGACACUGCACACAGGAGUGUCUCCAAGAGUCAUUAGACAGCGAGAUGCCCAGUGGAAUUCAUGUGUUUGCAGUUCUGCUCCAUGCUCACCUGGCAGGACGGGCUAUCAGAGCCAGACAUUUCCGCCAGCAGGUCGAGCUCCAGCCACUAGCCUCAGACGAUCAGUUUGAUUUCAACUUCCAGGAGUUCCAGCCGCUCAGCCAGGAGAGGAUCGUCCUGCCUGGGGAUUCUCUAAUCACUGAAUGUAGAUACAACACUAAAGGCAGAAUGAACAUGACCUGGGGAGGUCUUAGUACACGGGAUGAGAUGUGUUUGUCAUAUCUGCUGUACUACCCCAGGGUCAAUCUAGCCAGGUGUGAAAGUUUACCAGAAAUCACCGGCCAGCUUAAAUUCAUUGGGGUCAAAGAGAUCCAGGAGCCUGUUACAACUUGGCCCUUUGUGAUUAAGAGUCCUAAGAAAUACAGCAACCUCUCCUUCACGGAGGCCAUGGACAAGUACAAGUGGACGAGGAAGAGAGGGAAAGCAUUCAACGACAUAGUACGCAAACUCCCCAUGAACGUUCGUUGCUCCAAGAUUGGUCAGGAUGAGUGGUCGAUUCAAGGGGUGAUCAUCUCUCCUCCAGAGCUGAAGUCAGAGAAGACGUCGGCUGCUGUCGUGGCCUGUAGGAAUGUCUCAGGGAUUCAAUGUGGAUGCUCCCUCGCUCUGCUCCUCACUGCAUGUCUUUUGCUAAUACUACAGACCUGCUUACACCUCUAAUGUCUGCAGUCAUCUCAGCCCCCACUCAUAAACAUACAUACAGCAGGUUUCCAUCAGGCCUAGUGUUUCCCAGAAACAGUGAUGCUCAACAUUUACAUCUUGCAGAUACUAUAGAGUAACUGCACUGUGUGACUCACUCUUGCUUAGCCUAAAUCAAGUUUAUCACUAACACUGAUCACAACUGUGCUGUAUUCAUGUAGGAUGUACUGUAGGCAUCAUACAUGCUUCACAUGGAAUAUCCUUGUUUAGCAGAUACUACGGUCUUGACAGCCUCUCUAACAAAUUUUUCACCAUAGUUGUAAAUCUUAAUAAUCUCACCACAUGUUUGAAAUAGGCUGUCACACUCCAGUACACCACAAUUUAUGGCUUGGGGGUUAAAGGGAUAGUCCACCCAAAAAUUAACAUUUUGUCAUCAUUUACUCAUUCUUAUGUCAUUCCAGCUCUGUAUGACAUUCUUCUGUGGAAUAUAUUUUUGUAUAUUCAUUUAAAGUCAAUGAGUUCCACUGUUGUGUUGUACCCCAUUGACUUUUAUUGUAAGAACAAAAACAGUCAAAACUUCUUUAUGAGCACUGUCAUGCAGGCUUCCUCAGAAGUGGUGUAAAUUUUUCAAGUCGCACUGGUAGUUUUAUUAAAAGUUAAAAAAGUGAAAAAUGCAUUUAAAAAGUCACUGUCUAACACAUGCAAAUGCAUUCAGUCCAGAGCUCUGCGAACUGUGUUCCUCUCAUUAUAAGCUAAAUGUGUGUUUCAUAAAGGAAUGCUGGCAUUAUAUUCAAAACCAUUA